AUGUCCGGCUACGAUCAGUACAACCAGGGCCAAGGCUAUGGCCAACAGCAAGGCUACGGUGGUCAGCAAGGUUACGGCCAACAGCAAGGUUACGGUCAGCCCCAGCAAGGCUAUGGCCAACAGGGAUAUCCCCAGCAGGGUGGAUCCUCUGACUACUACGGUGGCCAAGGCCAGCAACACCAGCAAUAUCAGCAACACCAGCAGGGUUACGGCCAACAGCAGGGUGGUGCCUCCGACUACUACGGUGGCCAGCAGUCUCACGAGCAGCAGCAGUACGGUCAGCAUGACCAGUACCGUCAAGGUGGCUACGACCAGCAACAGCAGGGUGCCCCCGGUGAGGCCCAAGAAGGCGAGCGUGGUCUUGCUGGUGCCCUCGCCGGCGGUGCCGCAGGUGGUUUCGCUGGCCACAAGGCCAACCACGGCUUCCUCGGAACAAUUGGUGGAGCCAUCAUCGGUAGCAUCGCCGAAGACGCCGUCAAGAAGCACCGGAAGAGCAACAGCAACUCUCCUGCGCAGUAUGGUGGCGGUCAAUACGGUGGCCCUCCUUCCCACGGCGGCAGCAACAGCGGCUCGAUGAUGGACUCGCUCGGUGGUUUCUUCAAAAAAUAG